AUGGCAGAAAUUCUCGGCCUGGCCUCCAGUAUCAUCACAAUAGUCGAGGUAGCAGGAAAGCUCGGCACGAACACCAUCCGACUUAAGCGCUUAUGGGACGAAGUCCAAGAUGUCCCCGCUAGUAUUCGGAGAUGUAUCGAGCAAUUGGAGAUAUUGGCCCCCGCCAUCGAGGAAAUGGACCACGAGUUUAAUCGGACUCGGUCGGCUCGCAUCAGCCCUGCAGCUGCUAUCCCUUUCACAGCAAACCUAUUUGAUCCGGAGAUUAUAAUUUCCGAGAUAAGAAACUGGCAGGAUUCAAACUCUCGCAAGCAACUUUUGCUACGUUCUGAAGAUGACAACCCGACUUCAAGAGGUGAGGGACCUCAAGAGGAGCAUAACUCAGGAUCUUCGCAUGCUAUCAAGUCUCCUGUACGCAGAGACUUAAGUCUACGUUCUGCCGCUAAGCCACUGCCGCAGAGGCAACCUGGCCCGUUGGGGAGCUUCACCGUACAGUCUUAUGAAGUUGUUGCGAGCCCUUCUAUCCACCAUGUACCAGAUAAAGCAAGAUACUUUCAAGCAAGGGUACAGAUGCCUUGGUUCAUACAGAGAUCCUGGGACCUGUCAGUGCUUCGGGCGUCGACCGGUUGGACUUUUCAACUGAAUACUUGGAACAUUCGGCCUUGGGGUACUGGCAUAUUCCGGGCCGUUGAAAAUGGGCAAGUUGAAGAUAUUGUUGAGUCUCUCAAAAACAGGGAGGCAUCAAUAUAUGAUAUGAAUCCCUUUGGAAAGUCUUUACUUCAUACUGCCAUGGAUGCUAGGAGGAUGGAAUCUAUUGAGGUGCUCAUUCGUAUGGGCAUGAGGAUCUCUGAUAUUGAAGCAGAGUAUUUAUUCGGCCGCGUAGCGGUAUGGUUCUGGAAUGAACCUGAAACAUCAAGGCCAAUGGAGCUCGCCCGUAUCUGGCAAGCGGAUAAAGGAAUUGUACAACAAGACGAUUGGCAGGAUAUUGGCUACCGCUCUGCUUUUUGGGUAGUCCCAAAUCUCCACACUAUUUUACCAGGGUCGGAAUCUGUUCGUCAAGUUAUCGCUCAGUUCAACUACGGUCAUCUCGACCCAGCUGUUCCUUUGGAACUUUUAAGGAGCGGUCUCGCUGUGGCCGCUGAUUUCCCCCCAUACGUUUGCUCAUCAAAUCCGGAUGGUAGUUGCAGCUGCAUCAGUUCGAGCCUCAUCUACGAGUAUUUCCAUGCACUCUUGAACAACGAAAAGACCUUUCACGACUGGAGGCGCUUGGUUAGAAAGUCGCUCCUGGGAGUUUCGCCCAUGGGUAUAGUUCAUCCACAUGAUGGACCCUUCUGGAAUCUUACCAGCAUUCUUAAAGUCCUAUGGCAGCGGCAGUUUCUACUCCUCCCCUUUGAAAGGUGGAUACAAAACGCUGUUACUCUCUGGCUCGGGGAUGUUGCAGCGGCCGGCAUCAACCUCGAAGAGUAUAUGAGUCUGGAACUACUAUACAGCCUAGAAAGUUAUCAGGAUACUGUGUGCAAGGACACCAAAGUGGAGAUUAAGCCAGGGGCGCGUUUACCAAAGUCUGGGCCUUCACUAGUAAUUCUUUCAGUUGGUUUGCGUGCCGAAGACUGGUCCUUUUCCUGGGACCCAUGUGUCGAGGAGUUGUCUGGUGAGUUUUGGGCAACACUUGAAGAUGCUCAUAUAAAAGUCCCUGGAGCUUGGGUAGACGACGGAAUUGAAGACGGUGAAUGCCUGAUGCGACAUCGCAAAUUCUGUUGGUUCCGGCGGUGGGUCAGCAAUGAGUCCAAGAUAGCGACCGGAUACUACCCAAAGGAAGAGCAUAAACAACCGAUGCGCUUGGGGGGUCCAGAGGGGACAGAGGGGAAAGAUGGCGAGAGUUUGCAAAUACGAGGAAUGAUGACGUGCGAGGAGUUUUCGCCUCACGAAGAAGGGUAUUGGGAUUAA